AUGGCGAUGGACGAACUAGACCGCGAGCUCGUGGCCGCCGAGCAAGACGCAUCCCCACACCACUACCACGGCCGCGAAAGCCACGAGAUCGAACGGGUCCUCUCCAACUCGUCCUCCUCGACCUCCACGUCGUCGGCCUCCCAUGCCGGCGCCCGCCCCGCCUACCGCACCGGCACCGGCAUCAGCCGCGUCUCGACCCAGAAUGACCUCGAGCGGCACCCGACGGCCCUGAGCCGCAUCGCCACCGCCCGCAGCCAGCACUCCAACACCGUCGGCCGCAGCAUCAAGAGCAGAGAAUCGAGAAAGGCCCUGCCCGCCAUGGGCGCCGGCAAGCCCUACCCGCCGCCGCUGCCCGAACAGGAGGACUACGUCGUCGAGUUUGACGGGCCCGACGAUCCCCUGCACGCGCAGAACUGGCCGUUGAAGAAGAAGUUGCUCACAGCCGCAAUGCUUGGCUACACCACCAUGACCUCCGCCUUCACAUCCAGUAUCUUCUCUGUGGCGACGCAGGUCAUCGCGACAGAGUACAACGUCUCAGCCACCGUGGGCACGCUCGGCGUGUCCUUCUACGUCCUGGGCUUCGCCUUUGGCCCGACGCUAUGGGCACCCCUCUCCGAGCUUCGCGGCCGUAGGCUGCCCCUCGUUCUCUCCAUGUUCGGUUUCUCCAUCUUCACCAUCAGCACCGCCGUCGCCAAGGACCUGCAGACGAUCCUGAUCUGCCGCUUCUUCGCCGGCUUCUUCGGCGCGUGUCCCUUGGCCGUCGUCGCCGCCGUGUUCUCCGACAUGUUUGACAACCGCACCCGCGGCACCGCCAUCACCGUCUUCUCCAUGGCCGUCUUCACCGGCCCGCUCCUGGCCCCCUUCAUCGGCGGCUUCAUCGUCGAGUCGCACCUCGGCUGGCGCUGGACCGAGUACAUCCCCUCCUUCAUGGGCUUCUUUGCCUUCUUCCUGGACUUGUUCUUCCUUGAGGAGACCUACCCGCCCGUCAUUCUGGUGAGCAAGGCAUCCGAGCUGCGCCGCAGGACCAGGAACUGGGGCAUCCACGCCAAGCAAGAGGAAAUCGAGAUCGAUCUGAUGGAGCUGGUCAACAAGAACUUUUCCCGUCCCAUGCGCCUGCUCUUUGGUGAGCCCAUCGUUACCGCGCUGUCCGUCUACAUGGCCUUCAUCUACGGACUGUUGUACCUGUUCUUGACGGCGUACCCCUUUGUCUUCCGCGGCAUCCAUGGCUUCGGUGCUGGCCAGUCGGGUCUUACCUUCUUCGGCAUGAUCACUGGCCAGCUCAUCGCCGGUGUCACCGUCUUGCUCCAGCAGCCGUGGUACCUGCGCAAGCUCAAGGCCAACAACGGCGUGCCUGUCCCUGAGUGGCGUCUUCCGAGUGUCAUUGCCGGCGGCGUCUUCUUCGCGGCCGGCAUCUUCUGGUUUGGAUGGUCCGGAUACCGCAAGGACAUCCACUGGAUCGUCCCUACCCUCAGCGGUCUCUUCACUGGUUUCGGCCUCAUGUCCAUCUUCCUCCAGGCGCUCAACUACCUCGUUGACGCCUACCUGAUGUUUGCCGCCUCCGCCAUCGCCGGAAACACCUUCCUCCGCUCUCUCUGCGGCGCCGGCUUCCCCCUGUUCGCAAGCUACAUGUUCAACGGCAUGGGCAUCGAGUGGGCCUCGACACUGCUCGGCAUCGUUGCCGUCCUUCUCGUGCCCAUCCCCGUCAUCUUCUACAUCUGGGGCGCCAAGAUCCGCUCCAAGAGCGCCUACGCCCCGACCUUCGCCGCUCCGGCAGAUGAGCCCGACAACGAAGACCCUGAGGCGCUGGCCAACGGCCACACGAGCCACGAGAACGAGAAGCCGCCGUCCGUCGCCGCGUUGGACGCGAGCAGGCCGAGGACCAGCGGCGACAAGGCCAUGAACGCCGUCUAA